CGCCGGUAAUGUGUUCCAAUGAGUAUGCAGUGAAGAAAAGAUUCAACCCGAGACAGUCACAGAGUCGUCACUAGUACUACUGUACUUGGUUGGUUAUUAGUUAGUUUGUUAGUUAGUUAGUUAGGCGGUGUUGGAUAGAGCUUUCGAUUUAACUCGGUGCAGACAUUCAUUGGAGACAUUUACAUAGUCCAGUGGACACAUUUUCAGAUAUGUGCUUCCCAUAAGAGAAGGGUUACCAUUUGAAUCGGUAACUGUAUUACCAUAAACAAGAAACAAAUACAAGAUAGAAACUGUAACAACAAAAAUAAUCAGAAAAGUGCUGUUUUUUUACGAGUGUUUUUGUAUAUUCGUGUUAUUAUUGUUUAACAACUUUCCGAAUGAUACAUUAGAUAAAAUGUAACGAAGUAGGCCGUGUAGGUAGUAUAUUACGAUGCACGUACGUAUGUACAUGAUAUCGCAGUCGGCAGCAAUUAUAAUUACGUGUACGUGCACCCUUAUUUAAUCCCCUUAUCGUGCAGCCACUGACGUUAAUAAAUUAAGUGUUCUACGUAUAUAUAUAUAUACGUUGGAAUUGUUGCUGCUUGUUGUGUGUAGUGGCGGAUCACGUCGUGUUACGUCAUAAAAUAAUUGCCGGUCGGAAAAGCGAGUUGAGUGGAUGUUGUCGAUAAUUUCGGACCGAAACCGAGGACAAUGUUAUUAAUUGCUUUAACAAGUUCUGUAAAGAUUCCGUGACGAAUAGCGCCAAACAAACGGUUUGUUAUGCACCCUGUCGGGUGGUGAUUCAACUUAUUUAUGUGUGGCUUUAGUUUAUUGUGUCCCACAAUUUUACUUCGAAAUAGAAUAAGACAAUGAAGGGGAGAGGCACCGUGGUGGCUGCAGCUGUCGCUAUCAUCGAACAGCAACAAGUGCACCUUCAGGACGACGAAUACUCGGACGACAUCUACGUGAUGGAACCUGCGGUCCAGAAGAUGCUGAGUGGCAAAUGUUCAGCUUUCGCCCGAUUUAGUCCCGAUCAAAUGUGCGGUGAUUUUCACGAUCCCGCGAGGGCGCCGCCGGGAUAUUUCGAAACCAGGAAGCAUCAAAAUCGUGCCUCUGAUGCUGCUACUGCUACUGCUAUGGGAGAGCAACUAUCGGGACCGGGGAUAGUUAAAAAUAACCAUUGUUUUGAGUGGAACGCACCAGAUGCCUUAGCCACGCGGCGUCAACACAACCAUAACCAUCACGGUUCGCCUUCAUCCGCCGAUGCCUUCGACCUGGGUUUGAGUGAUCUCACUAAUGACAAGGGGAGCGGCCAAAAUUGCCGAGGGCUCGACAGGGAAGUCGAUUUUGAAGCGGCCGUCGAGGAUUUUGAUCUGACUGCCAUAGACGUGGAGAAGUUCGUGGCCAAGUACAAUAAUAAUCGCGACAGGGGAACAGUGACAAGUGGCGAUAAAGUGAGGGGUGGCGGUAGUGAGGAUGGUUUCUCGACGACCACGGACUUUUCGUUCAAAUUUUCGCACCUGAAAGAGGCUGAAGGAGAUUACGAGACGAGCCCGUCGACCAGUGAAAGUGAUAGCGAUUUCGAGGGAGAACACGUGGUUAACGGGGGACUGGAUACCAUCACGGAGGAGGAACGCACAUCUGGAAUAAGUUUUAACUCAUCGGCCGGUGGGCAAGAUUCGUCUAGUCCUGAAGAUGAUUCCACGGUUAAAGGAAACGCACCUUGGUCAGGUACAACGUCAAAUCGAGAUUCAACAUCAGAUCUCUCCUCUACGUCUUCAGAAAAUCAGCCGCGUGGUAUUGUAAAAGCAGACACCAGUUCGUCCCGUUGCAAUAAAGAUUUUAAAUGGAUUCGUAAAAACCAAAGUCCAUCUCCUUCUCCGAAGAUGGAAGACCAACUACCUCAUACAAAACCCCCCAUUAACAGACUGCCUCCCAGUAGAGAGCGUACUCCUCGGCGUUCGGCGGAAAAAUCCGCCCCCGGCAGUCUGGAUCGCCGAAGACGAUCGCACGGGAAAGGGGAAAAAGAAAAAGAAAGACCACGAUCAACGCACAUUUUAAAGAGUCCUCCGCGACUCGAAGACUUUUAUCCCUCUUCAGGGUGCCAAAAUUGGUGCUGCAAUCCGCACGCUACAGAGCCGUACUGUUUUAAAAAUUUUCAUCGGCGUCACGAACGAUUCGAUCCCCAAAAAUAUGGGAGUAAUCCUAUGCUAAUGGAGCAGAGGUGUAUCGACAGGGGCGGUAGUCACCCUGACUUAUACGGAGAUUGUGGGAAAUGUAGACAUGACAAUUUUUACGACUGCUGUUCGUAUCAUACCAUGUCCAGUUGUUGUAUGUUUGGCGAUCGAAAUUUUCACUGGAUGCCGAACUAUUAUCCUAGAAAGGGACCUGAUCAAGACGAGAAGCUCAGAAAGCUUCAGAAUGAAAAGGACAAUCUUCACCUUCAAGUACAAGUAUUAAACGAACAAAUUGAAGCACAAACCGAAAAAAUUUCUGAAUUGGAAAAGUCUCUAUCAGAACGAAAACAACAACUAUUGAGUACAGAAGAUUUGUUGCAAAGGGAAAUGUUAUCCAGGUCUUCAUUAGAAACACAAAAGCUAGAAUUAAUGUCAACUAUAAGCGAAUUAAAGCUCCAAAACGCGGAGCUUGAGAAGGAUAUAAUGGAUUUGAAAUCUAAUUUUAGUAAUAGUGGGAGUAUUACUAAGCCACCCUUGAGACCGCGAAUCUCACCCCAACCACAGCAUUCUACCCCUAUUUAUCACGGAAGCAAUCAGGCACUAAAUUUCCGGUCAUCCCCCUCCCCUAGUCCGUUAAUAAACUCUUUAUCCAACAAUUCAUCUUUAAAAACCGACGGAUUGUCCUUGCAACACGAUACGCAGCAGCCUAAGUUCCCUUUUUUACUUCAGACUCCACCUGCUAACUUUCGGAGACAAAUCGAUGUCCAUUACGGAAGUUUACCUCGACAGCAGUUCAUAAGCAACGGACAAUUGGAAGUGGAUUCUAACGCUAAUCCAGCCGGAGAAGUUAAAAAGGGCGUAGCCUUCGGUAGGGGGUUUACCUCACUGCUAGGGGGUCAGGCCAGGGGCCACUCGGUCCCAAACCUAGCUGAAACCCAAAAAAUUAUCAUAGAUGAUACAAUCGAUAAUCAGCCGGUAUCGCCUACCAUGCAAGGUAAUAAAACGAAGGGUAUUAAAAAGAUAUUUGGCAGGGUAAAGCGAUCAGGAUCUGGAAAUCUGGAGGAUUUCCCAGGAGCCGUGGAAUUUCAACGAGGAGGAGUUCGAGCAACUGCAGCAGCUCGAUUGGGUUGGAGUGAACCACAAAUGUCUCCAAAACCCGAUAUUCCGUUUUCGGAAUGGACGACAGACAAUAUUUGCGAUUGGUUACAAGACUUGGGUCUCGACCAAUAUAUACCUGAAGCCAAAAAAGUGAUCAAAAACGGUCAGCAAUUACAAGAGAUGUCUAUACACGAUAUCGAAAAGGAAUUGAACGUUAAAAAUCCAUUGCACAGAAAGAAACUUCAGCUUGCAAUCAUUGACACUCAGGAGAAUAAUUCGAGCGAUCCAUAUUUAACGAAAGCGGGAAAAUUGGACACUGCGUGGGUCUUGAGAUGGUUGGACGAUACGGGAUUACCUCAACACAAAGAAGCAUUCCUAAUAAAUCGGGUUGAUGGAAGGGUGCUUCAUCGUCUCACUACAGACGAUCUAAUGCUUAUGCAUGUUACGUCUAUGUUACAUGUGAGCAGUUUAAAGAGGGGCAUUCAAGUUCUAAGAGAAAAUAACUUUGAACCAGGAUGCUUGCAAAGGAGAUCUUUACCAGAUGAUCCCCCACAUCCUACAUCCAAAAUGGUUUGUCUCUGGACUUCUCACAGGGUAAUGGAAUGGCUGAGAGCAGUCGAUCUGGCAGAAUAUGCACCAAAUUUAAGAGGAGCAGGAGUGCAUGGAGGUUUAAUGGUUCUAGAGACCAAAUUUACUUCCGAACUACUAGCCACAUUACUUAAUAUUCCUCCUGGGAAAACACUGCUCAGAAGACAUUUAAACACGCACUUCAAGGAAUUAUUGGGAAAGGACAUCAUUCAAGCGAAAAGAGAAGCUGAAGCUACUCUAGGGUACAUACCGUUGACGCCAUCAGCUAAACUGAAAAUGGCCAAGAAAUCUCAGUUUUCUUUAAAAAGAAAAAAGAGCAAAGGUGAAGUGGACUACGGAGAUCUUGUUUGUCCCUUGAACCCCAACAGUCAGUCAGGUGAACACAGCGAAAGUGCUAUUAGCAGUUUAGGGGGUGUAAGUUGACUAACCUCUAACUUUCUAACACGAGUUCAUUUUUUGUUGUAGUUGUAUAAACAAUGUAUAUGACUUACAAUAUUAUCUUAAUUAAAAAAUCUACAUCAAGGAAUGAUCCUCAGUUUAACAGAAAUAAAUUCCCAGUGUUCAAUAGUAGAAAAAUUAGAAGUUACUGCAAAAAUUAUUGAACGCUAGGAUUUCUUUUCAGUUUUGAUAACAAAUGGUGAGAGAGAGAAUAUCAGUUUUAAUACUUUUUGUUUCAUGCCCAUUCCGGAUAUAGGUACCCCAAAUACUAAUCAUUGAAUGCUAAGAGCACAUCAGGUAGUUUGCAAAAUUAUCGUAAUUGGUUGAUUAUGCUAUGAAUUAAAUAGUUAUAGAUUAGUGCGACGUUUUUGUAAUUUCAGAAUUGUUAUGUCCAAUGACCAACUGGGUGGUUAUUUAACAGCAAAUCGUUAUAAAGCAGACACUAAUAGAUAUUUAUUACAUAUUAUAUAUAACAUUCGUUAAUGUAAACAAAUCGAUAAUGUGUCGGUUUACACUAUCGAGUGUUUACUGCAGUUUACCCAAUAAGGUGGGGUAUGAUACUAAAAUAAGGAAUUCAUUUAAGUUAGCAACAUCUUCGAACUAAUAUUUAUACCUUCUCCAGUUGGUUUUUCCAAGUAGUUUAGACUUAAAUAGUUAUUUUCACGAUUAUUAGAUUUAGCGUUUUGAGUGUAGUUUAAUAAUCGUGUUAAGAUUAGUUAAAAUUUAGAUUUGCUUGCAUAUGAUUUAUAAUUUACUAACUAUCUAUUUUUCUAAACUACCAUCCUCAUACUAUUUAA